GAAUCGUACAGCAUACGGCAUACGCAACCUAACAUAAUAAAUAUUUUGGAGCUGCUAGACCUUACCACUUGAAACUUGAAACCAUCGUCGAAACUUUCUCUACCGGAGCCGUUCUCGCGCUAGUCGUCAUUUGACAUGAUACUGUAUUUGUAUUUGUCUUAAUUAUUCUUCAUUGAAUCUCAACACCUCUUCUAAGUUGAGUCUCCUUAUACCACCUUACCAAACGAGCCUUUGUGCUCUGUGAUUGGUCUUGAAUCCUUUUCUUACGGCGUUUGGUAAUACACUCCAUGUCCUAAAUAGUCCACGAUGAAGUCGAGAACGUUUGCGCCGUCCUGGGCGUUCUGCUCUGCGCUGCUGGCCCUCCCUCAACUUGCGACCUCUUUCUACCUUCCCGGUGUCGCGCCAACAUCAUACAAGCAGGGCGACAAGGUCCCUCUCUAUGUCAACAGCAUCAAGCCCGUGGCCGCCCAAGAUGCGCUCCUUCACUCUGUCAUGUCGUACGAUUAUUACAAUGAGAGGUUUCAGUUUUGCCAGCCCGAAGGAGGUCCGUCCUACGUAUCCGAAAGCCUUGGAAGUAUCCUAUUCGGUGACCGAAUCAUGACUUCGCCAUUCGAGUUAAAUAUGAUGAAGAAUGAGACUUGUAAGAAGUUAUGUGGCGCGAAAUAUGACAUGCCGUCAGCACAUUUUGUCAACAAACGAAUCAUGCAAGGUUACGCCCUGAACUGGCUCGUGGAUGGCUUACCCGCGGGCCAACAUCUCCUUGAUGACCUUACCGGAACGACGUUUUACAGUCCAGGUUUUGCUAUGGGCACUAUCUCGACGACCGACCCGGACGGCCCGACAUUUUUCAAUAAUCACUAUGAUAUUGUUGUCGAGUAUCAUAAAGUGAAUGGAAAGGAGGAUCAGUUGAGAGUUGUUGGUGUCAUUGUCCAACCCGCCUCGAAGGCGUACAAGGGUGACAAUCUGGAAUGCAACGACAAUCAAACACCACCCGUGGUCCUCGUGGAAGACGCUGGCGCCGAGACCGAAGUUACCUUUACCUACAGUGUAUACUGGACGGAAUCGCCAACCGCCUGGGCUACGCGAUGGGAUAAAUACUUGCAUGUGUUUGACCCGAAGAUUCAUUGGUUCUCUCUAGUUAACUCCGCAGUUGUGGUUAUCUUCCUAACCGUCACCGUAACCUCCGUCCUAUUCCGGGCCCUGAAGAAGGAUAUUGCAAGAUACAACCGACUAGACCAGAUCAACCUGGAAGAUCUCUCUGGUACCUCAGCUCUAGAAGAUGGUGUCCAGGAGGAUUCUGGCUGGAAGCUGGUUCAUGGAGAUGUUUUCCGAACUCCCUCGCAUCCUCUUCUCCUGUCAGUGUUCCUUGGUAAUGGUGCUCAGCUAUUUGUUAUGACCGGCUUCACCAUCUGCUUCGCUCUGUUAGGUUUCUUGUCUCCAUCGAACCGCGGCUCUCUCGGGACGAUCAUGAUUAUCCUAUACACACUUCUCAGUUUCGUUGGCGGCUAUGUCUCUGCGAGAGUCUACAAGUCGAUGAACGGCGAGAAGUGGAAGUUGAACAUCGGGUUGACCCCUCUUCUCGUUCCCGGGAUCGUCUUUUCGACAUUCUUCUUCCUGAAUCUCUUCCUCUGGGCUAACGGGGCCGCCGGCGCUGUUCCGUUCACCACGAUGCUAGUCAUCAUCGGCAUUUGGUUCGUUAUCUCGAUACCUCUUUCAGUCAGUGGUUCGUGGCUCGGAUUCCGCGCACCUGGAGUCGAACCCCCCGUUCGGACCAACCAGAUUCCCCGACAGAUUCCUCCCGCUACGACUUACCUAAAGCCACUCCCCAGCAUGUUGCUUGUAGGCAUUCUACCUUUCGGCGCGAUCUUCGUUGAGCUCUACUUCAUCAUGAGCUCGAUCUGGUUUAGCAAGAUCUAUUACAUGUUCGGCUUCCUCUUCUUAUGCUAUGGUCUUAUGAUCAUCACGUGCGCCGCAGUCACUGUUCUUAUGGUGUAUUUCUUGCUAUGCGCCGAGAACUACCAUUGGCAAUGGCGAUCUUUCCUAGCAGCCGGUAUGAGCGCCGGCUACAUCUUUGCGAACGCCCUGAUAUACUUGAUCAGCAAGUUAUCCCUGGGCGGCUUAUCUGGUACAGUACUGUAUAUCGGAUAUAGCGCUCUGCUUUCAUUCCUCUUCUUCAUAUUGACAGGAUCUAUUGGAUUCUUCUCUAGUUGGUGGUUUACGCAGAAGAUUUAUGCAUCUAUCAAAAUCGACUAAGUUACUACUUAGGGGGUAGCGAGAGAGAGGAAAGUGAUGAUGGUUCACCGUCCGAGGUAGGUGACAUGGGGACGAACUCGGACACUGUACUAUAUAAAUGUACAAUCGGCGUCAUUUUUCGUACGCCGUCUUUGCGACAUUCGAACAUGGGGCGAGACGAGAUUUUGACGAGUUGCAUAAGUGGUCUACGGGUACCAAAAGAUCCCGGCGUUUCUAGGAGGCGUUCUUCCAGGUUUAGGAGGGCUCUCACAUGUCAUGAAUAGAACGGGAGGAAAAGUCAGUUCCGGCCCCGGCGGAGCUGGGGUGGGCAUCGGCCUGGUUAUCCUCCAUCCUACGUACUCGGGAAUAUCAAUAAACUUCAUAAUUGCCGGA